AUGAGCGGGCGGAAAAUCAAUGCGGUAGAGCAAAAGCUGCAUCAGGCAGCAUUGGCAGAUCCCAAAAAGACUCUGUCGCAGAAAGAAUGCGACCUUCUCAUUCCAGACCCCGCCGCCAGAAUGGAAGCUAUCAACUUUCUAUUGGGCACGGGGUUAUUUAAAGCAAUGAAGGAUACGAAGGGCAUCGUAUCCUUUCGUGCGGUUAUGAAGAAGGAGAUGGAGGUGAAGAAGGAUAUGAGUGGUGAAGAAAGCAUGGUCCUGAGCCAUAUUCAAGUAUCGGGAAACGAAGGCAAGGCACCUAGAGAUCAUGCGAAGACUGAACUGCACCAGACUGUCAUUGACCGGUGCCUAAAGUCCCUUGUACAGAAGCAACUUAUCAAGGCCGUCAAAUCCGUCAAGUAUCCGACACGAAAAAUCUACAUGCUCUAUCAUCUUGACCCAUCAGUUGAGAUGACCGGUGGGCCAUGGUAUACUGACAACGAGCUCGAUACCGAAUUCAUCAAGCUAUUAUGUAGCGCUUGUCUACGCUUCAUUCGCGAUCGGACCCUACCAAAACAGAAAUCUUCUGAUGGCGACUCUUCGCGAAACCAGCCACUUUAUCCUAUUUCGGGGUCACCUACAUACCCUACUGCACACCAGAUCUUAACAUUCCUGGGCAAGAGCAGAAUCACAGAGACACAACUCAGCGUUGAACACGUCGAGAUGUUGCUCAACGUGCUCAUCUUGGACGGUGAGAUUGAGAGAAUUCCAGCAUUUAGCGCAGCGAUGUGGGACUCCAGCAUGAAUGCUGCACAGGAAGACGAGAGCGAGGAAGAGCAGAGCGGGAAGAAGAGGAAACGGAAGGAUAAAGAUAUCUCAAACAAGCGGAAGCGUAAGAGAAAGAGUGAGGCCUCCGAUUCCGAAGAUGAGAGCGACUCCGAUGUAAAAACAUCGAGGUCGAAGUCAAAAUCGAAGUCUAAAAAGCGCCGAAGAGAUCACGGCGACGACAGUGAGAGCGAGAGCGACGAGAGCGAUUCGGAACGUCGGCGCAAGAAGAAGAGACGAAGGAAGGAUGACAGUGACGACAACAGCGACGAGGAAGAGAGGGGCAAGCGGAAGAAGAGUAGCAAAAGUAAAAGCAAAUCAAAAAGCAAGAAGCGAAAGCACGAUUCCUCGGAUAGCGAGAACGAAACAGAGUCCUCCGAGACAGCGUCCGAUGACGACUCUCGGUCGAGAUCCCGGUCUAAACCCAAGUCCAAGUCGAAAUCACGGCAGCGCUCUUCCUCUCCUGUUGCCGAAGGAUCUAUGGCCAUAGAUGUGUCCGAAGACUAUGGUGCGUACGUGUAUCGUGCGGUUCACCAGGAGCGCGUCGUUGUUGGGCUUUCGCAGGCUCCUUGCACGCGUUGCCCAACGUUUGACUUCUGCAAGAGCAAUGCCCCGGUGAACCCGAAGGAGUGCGUGUAUUAUGGUGAAUGGUUGACUACCAGCAAUGCUGCUCGAGAAUGA